AUGCAAACACAGUUCCCAUUCGGUGGUAAAGUUAUAUUAUUGGGCGGCGAUUUUAGGCAAACUUUACCUGUCAUUCCAAACAGUUCAAAAGCAUAUAUUAUUGAAUCGUGUCUUAAGUCUUCUGAUUUAUGGGUUUAUUUUAAAGUUAUCCACCUGAAUGAAAAUAUACGGUUAUCUUCUGAAGAUGUUGAGUAUAAUUCCUGGCUUUUGAAUGUUGGAGAAUCUUUAUCAAAUGUUUCCAAUCCUUUACUCCCUCCAGAUUCGAUUGUUAUCCCAAAUUCAUUAUUAGAAAAUUCAUUAAUCAAAUCAAUAUAUGGAGACUCCAUACAAAUAUCUGAUAUUAACCUAUUUUCAAAAAAAAUUAUAUUAACCACUAAAAAUAACAUAGCCCUAAAUUUAAAUAACGAAAUUAUUCAAAAACUACCAGGAAAUUCUAAGAUAUAUUUUAGCGCCGAUUCUAUACAAACAGAUAAUCCUGAGGAUUUACUUAAUUUCCCCAUUGAAUUUCUUCAUUCUCAAACCCCAUCAGGAAUGCCUCCUCAUAUUUUAAAUCUUAAAGUUGGGACAAUAAUAAUGCUUCUUCGUAACAUGAAUCCCAGCAGAGGCUUAUGCAAUGGGACACGACUUCUUAUCAAAAAUUUACAUGAUAAUUUCAUAGAUUCUGAAAUAUUAUCAAGGACGCAUAAUGGCCAUCGCGUUUUUAUUCCUCGAAUUGAUCUUUCCCCGAGCGAUUCCCGGUUGCCUUUCAUAUUAAAAAGACGCCAAUUUCCUAUAAUUCCUGCUUUUGUUAUCUCUAUAAACAAAAGUCAAGGUCAAACAUUCGACAAUGUCGGCCUCUUUCUUCCUGAACCUGUGUUUUCCCAUGGUCAGCUCUAUGUCGCUCUAACACGUUGCAGAUUUAAAAAAAUAUGA